AGGCAGCUGUGCUACUUAAAGCAAUUAAGGUGGCACAGGAGGGAAGUAACAUUUUUGGUUUGGGAAGAGUGUUUGCAGCACUGACAGCAUUGAAACAUUCUUCACUACGAAGAAGUGACAUUCUUAAGUAUGUAACGAAAAGAGGCAUUCACAAACAUGAGCCUAUUUUAGAGUCUACAUAUCGUCACCAGGCUACCAUUGAUGAUGAAGUCGUUUCCAUGGAGAUACUAGAUACAGCUGGUCAGGAGGAUGCUAUUCAGAAAGAAGGACAUGUGCGAUGGGGUGAAGGCUUUGUGCUGGUUUAUGACAUCACGGACAGAGGCAGCUUUGAGGAAGUGCUGCCACUUAAGAACUUGUUGGAUGAAGUUAAAAAACCCAAAAAUGUCACCCUGAUCCUGGUGGGGAACAAAGCAGACUUGGAUCACUCCAGGCAGGUCAGCACAGAGGAAGGUGAAAAGCUGGCCACAGAACUAGCAUGUGCUUUUUAUGAGUGCUCUGCUUGCACAGGAGAAGGCAACAUUAUGGAGGCCUUCUAUGAGCUCUGUCGUGAGGUACGGCGUCGAAAGAUGGUCCAGGGCAAGACUCGGAGACGAAGCUCCACCACCCACGUCAAACAGGCAAUUAAUAAGAUGCUUACCAAAAUCAGCAGUUAAAAAGAGCUGUACUAAGCCAGAGGAGCA